AUGCUACAGAGUUCCCUAAAGGUUGCUGUCAUCCUAGACGCUCUAGACGAAUGCAUAACGAGAAGAGAGCUCCUUUCCUGGGUUGGGGGCCUUGCUUCCGGCUCAAACACAAGCAGCGUCAAGGUGAUUGCGACCGGGCGGCCUGAAGCAGAAUUUCAACGCGAGAUACCUCGGCAUUUCGGCGAGAGCAACUGUAAGCUGCUUGAUAAGGAGGCUGUCAACGCCGAUAUACGCUCCUAUGUCGACCAUGAGCUCCAGCAGCCGCCUGAUUUCAAGGAUAAAAAAAUACCUCACGAUCUUCUUGAUCAAAUUCGCAGCCGAGUUGGAGACGGCGCCAACGGAAUUCUCGCCAAAUGUCUCCACCCUCAGGCCAUCAGAGCAGCUCUAAGUAAUUUGCCCCGGGAUCUCGACGAGACGUAUAAGCGCAUGCUCCAGAACAUACCGCUGGAGCUUAAGGACGAUGCGUUUCGUCUUCUACAGUUUCUCGUCCAUGCCAAACGACCUCUGACAGUCUCGGAAGCGGUGGAUGUGAUUGCCACAGUAAUAGAGAAAGGACAACCAGAGUUCAACGUCGAACGCAGGCUUCUUCGUGACGGCGACAUACUGUUUUACUGCCCCAGUUUGGUAGCAAUCGCCGAAGUCACGAAGCGUUUGCUCGAUCAAGGCGCAGACGUCAACGCGCAGGGCGGCUGGUAUGGCAACGCUCUCCAGGCCGCCUCUUAUGGAGGCCAUCGAAGGAUUGUGGAACUUCUCCUCAGUCAAGGCGCGGAUGUCAACGCCAGAGGCGGCAGGUUUGGCAACGCUCUCCAGGCCGCCUCUUAUGAAGGCCAUCACAAGAUUGUGGAACUUCUCCUCAGUCAAGGCGCAGACGUCAACGCGCAGGGCGGCAUGUAUGGUAACGCUCUCCAGGCCGCCUCUUAUGAAGGCCAUCAAAAGAUUGUAGAACUUCUCCUCAGUCAAGGCGCAGAUGUCAACGCCAGAGGCCGCAGGUUUAGCAACGCUCUCCAGGCUGCCUCUUAUAGAGGCCAUCACAAGAUUGUGGAACUUCUCCUCAGUCAAGUCGCGGAUAUCAACGCCCAGGGCGGCGACUAUGGCAACGCUCUCCAGACUGCCUCUUAUAGAGGCCAUCACAAGAUUGUGGAACUUCUCCUUAGUCAAGGCGCGGAUAUCAACGCGCAGGGCGGCGACUAUGGCAACGCUCUCCAGGCCGCCUCUUAUGAAGGCCAUCAAAAGAUUGUAGAACUUCUCCUCAGUCAAGGCGCAGAUGUCAACGCGCAGGGUGGCGACUAUAGCAACGCUCUCCAGGCUGCCUCUUAUAGAGGCCAUCACAAGAUUGUGGAACUUCUCCUCAGUCAAGGCGCAGAUGUCAACGCGCAGGGUGGCGACUAUAGCAACGCUCUCCAGGCUGCCUCUUAUAGAGGCCAUCACAAGAUUGUGGAACUUCUCCUCAGUCAAGUCGCGGAUAUCAACGCCCAGGGCGGCGACUAUGGCAACGCUCUCCAGACUGCCUCUUAUAGAGGCCAUCACAAGAUUGUGGAACUUCUCCUUAGUCAAGGCGCGGAUAUCAACGCGCAGGGCGGCGACUAUGGCAACGCUCUCCAGGCCGCCUCUUAUAGAGGCCAUCACAAGAUUGUGGAACUUCUCCUUAGUCAAGGCGCGGAUAUCAACGCGCAGGGCGGCGACUAUGGCAACGCUCUCCAGAUUACCUCCGAACGAGGCUAUCAAGAGAUUGUAGAACUUCUCCUCAGUCAAGGCGCAGAUGUCAACGCGCAGGGUGGCGACUAUAGCAACGCUCUCCAGGCUGCCUCUUAUAGAGGCCAUCACAAGAUUGUGGAACUUCUCCUCAGUCAAGGCGCAGAUAUCAACGCCCAGGGCGGCGACUAUGGCAACGCUCUCCAGAUUGCCUCUGAACGAGGCUAUCAAGAGAUUGUGGAACUUCUCCUCAGUCAAGGCGCAGAUGUUAACGCCCAGGGCGGCGACUAUGGCAACGCUCUCCAGGCUGCCUCCGAACGAGGCUAUCAAGAGAUUGUGGAACUUCUCCUUAGUCGAGGUGCAGAUGUCAAUGCGCAGGGUAGCGACUAUGGUAACGCUCUCCAGGCUGCCUCUUCUGAAGGCCAUCAAAAGAUUGUGGAACUUCUCCUUAGUCAAGGCGCAGAUGUUAACGCGCAGGGUGGCGACUAUAGUAACGCUCUCCAGGCCGCCUCUUAUAGAGGCCAUCAAAAGAUUGUGGAACUUCUCCUCAGUCAAGGCGCAGAUUUCAACGCCAGAGGCCGCAGGUUUAGCAACGCUCUCCAGGCUGCCUCUCAUAGAGGCCAUCAAGAGGUUGUACAGCUUCUUCUCGAUAAAGGGGCAAAUGAAUAUGGCGACCGCUAG